GAUGUUUGCAGCCGGAGAGCAGGGCUGCUGGAGACUAACUGUGAACGACUCGCACACGAGUGGAAAACAGGUUUUGCAAUUCUCGGUUUGCAUGUGCCGAAAGUCAUCUCGCUUCAGAGUCAACAUUCCCGACCUGGGAAAGAACCUGAGCAGGGCUCUGGUGAACAAGCCGUAGCACCUCUUCUGCCGGUGAGUGAUUUGCCACCUCAUUCCGUAAGACUGGCACCAGCAGAAAUGCAGUCUCAAAAGAUCCCUGGGAGGAAGCGAGGCCGACCCCCACUUCACUCAGCACCGAUGAAGAUGGCAGUUCAUAACCUUUAUUCUGCUUCACCUGGUUGCUUAUCAGCAGUGAAGACCCCAAAGAAAAGAGGGCGGAAACCUGGGUACAAGCUGAAGCCUCCAGUUCUCAUGACUCCCUUAGCCCUCUCACCUCCACGGAGUACCCCUGAGCCUGACCUCAGCAACAUCCCUCAGGACGCAGCCACCAUACCUAGCUUGGUGGCCCCACAGGCUCUCACAGUCUGCCUUUACAUCAAUAAGCAAGCCGACGCAGGGCCCUAUCUAGAGAGGAGGAAGGUGCAACAGCUCCCAGAGCACUUUGGGCCUGAGAAGCCGUCAGCCGUUCUGCAGCAGGCCGUGCAAGCAUGCAUUGAUUGUGCCCACCAGCAGAAGCUGGUCUUCUCCUUGGUCAAGCAGGGCUACGGUGGUGAGAUGGUAUCAGUCUCAGCCUCCUUCGAUGGAAAACAGCACCUGCGGAGUCUGCCUGUGGUAAAUAACAUAGGGUAUGUCCUUCGCUUCCUGACCAAACUGUGCCGAAGCCUGCUGUGUGAUGACCUCUUCAGCCACCAGCCUUUCGCCUGGAGUUCCAGUGCCUCUGAGAAAGCCGUGGACAAGGAGGAUGGGAGGACAGAGCCAGCAAAAACAAUCGCCACCGAAGAGUGCCUGGGGAAUCCUGCGGGCAUGAACCACUACAGAGUGGACUCCUCUGCCUCCGCCUUUAACCACAGGGCCUCCGUACAGCCCUCCUCCUCACUGUACUACAAGAAGCAGAUCUCGGGAGACAGCCGCCUCGGGGGAGGCACCACCAGCAGCAGUGGCCGCACAAGCCUUGUGCCCUCUGGAAGCUCCUUGGCAUUUGGGCUGAGGCCCCCAGCCUCCAGCCCCAAAAGAAACGGGACCUCUCUUGAAGGAAACAGAUGUGCCUCAAGCCCUUCUUCCGAUGAGCAGAACACCAGGCGGCCCAGAAACAGGAACCCCUCCACCUGGACAGUGGAGGACGUGGUCUGGUUCGUGAAAGAUGCUGACCCACAGGCUUUGGGACCUCAUGUGGAGCUCUUCAGAAAGCAUGAGAUUGACGGCAAUGCUCUACUGUUGCUGAAGAGUGACAUGAUCAUGAAAUACCUCGGCCUGAAGCUGGGACCUGCGCUAAAGCUCUGCUACCACAUCGAUAAACUGAAGCAAACCAAGUUCUGA